AUGUUGAGUGACAGAAGUGUAUCGAGGCACUGUGGCACCCCCGGGACCCUGUGGCACCCCGGGGCACUGUGGGACCCCUGGGCACUGUGGGACCCCGGGGCACUGUUACACCCCCGGGGCACUGUGGGACCCCGGGGCACUGUUACACCCCCGGGGCACUGUGGGACCCCGGGGCACUGUGGGAUCCCGGGGCACUGUUACACCCCCGGGGCACUGUGGGACCCCGGGGCACUGUGGGAUCCCGGGGCACUGUUACACCCCCGGGGCACUGUGGGACCCCGGGGCACUGUCGGACCCCCGGGGCACUGUCGGACCCCGGGGCACUGUUACAACCCCGGGGCACUGAGGGACCCCGGGGCACUGUGGGACCCCGGGGCACUUUGGCACCCCUGGGACCCUAUUACACCCCGGGGCACUGUGGCACCCCUGGGACCCCGCUACACCCCCGGGGCACUGUGGCACCCCCGGGACCCUGUUACCCCUCCGGGGCACUGUGGGACCCCGGGGAACUGUUACACCCCCGGGGCACUGUGGGACCCCGGGGCACUGUGGGACCCCAGGGGCACUGUGGGAUCCCGGGGCACUGUUACACCCCCGGGGCACUGUGGGACCCCGGGGCACUGUGGGAUCCCGGGGCACUGUUACACCCCCGGGGCACUGUGGGACCCCGGGGCACUGUGGGAUCCCGGGGCACUGUUACACCCCCGGGGCACUGUGGGACCCCCGGGGCACUGUCGGACCCCGGGGCACUGUUACAACCCCGGGGCACUGAGGGACCCCGGGGCACUGUGGGACCCCGGGGCACUUUGGCACCCCUGGGACCCUAUUACACCCCUGGGGCACUGUGGCACCCCUGGGACCCCGCUACACCCCCGGGGCACUGUGGCACCCCCGGGACCCUGUUACCCCUCCGGGGCACUGUGGGACCCCGGGGAACUGUUACACCCCCGGGGCACUGUGGGACCCCGGGGCACUGUUACAACCCGGGGCACUGUGGGACCCCGGGGCACUGGCACCUGGGACCCUAUUACACCCCUGGGGCACUGGCACCCUGGGACCCUGUUACCCCUGGGGCACUGUGGCACCCCUGGGACCCCGCUACACCCCCGGGGCACUGUGGCACCCCCGGGACCCUGUUACCCCUCCGGGGCACUGUGGGACCCCGGGGAACUGUUACACCCCCGGGGCACUGUGGGACCCCGGGGCACUGUGGGACCCCAGGGGCAAUGUCGGACCCCAGGGGCAAUGUCGGACCCGGGGCACUGUUACAACCCCGGGGCACUGAGGGACCCCGGGGCACUGUGA